GCGGGGGGUGGGAGGGUAGGGGCGCAGGGCUGGAGCCAUGGCGACCAAGGCGGCGGGCGAGGGGCGAUGGGAGGUGGUGAAGAGGGGACGGCGCCCGGGGGCCGGCGCUGGUGGGCGCGGUGGCGGCGGCGGCGGGCGUGGCGGCGGCGGCGGCGGGGAUCGCAGGGCGCUCGGAGAGGCGAACGGAGUGUGGAAGUACGACCUGACCCCUCCAAUCCAGACCACCAGCACCCUUUAUGAGCGGGGAUUUGAGAAAACCAAGAAGCAACAGAAUAAGGAACAGGUUCCACCUCCUGCUGUGGAGCCUAAGAAACCAGCAAAUAAGAAGCAACCAAAGAAGGUGGCAGCUGUCACCAGCCACAAUCAGAAGCAGAGCAGCUUCCGCAGCCUGGAGGAAGCCCUGAAAAUGCUGGACGUGGCAGCCCUACAGAAGGAACUGGACAAGAGCCAGAGCGUGUUCACUGGGAAUCCCUCCGUGUGGUUGAAGGACCUGGCCAGCUACCUCAACUACAAGCUCCAGGCCCCUCGGAGUGAGCCCACACUCAGCCAGCACCCUCACGAUUAUCCCUACAGUCUGGUGAGCUGGGAGCUGCGUGGGAUCAUCCAAGGGCUCCUGACGAAGGCACCGGCGUCGCUGGAGCUGUUUUUUGACCACUGUCUGUUCACCAUGCUGCAGGAGCUGGAUAAGACACCAGGGGAAUCACUACACGGUUACCGCAUCUGCAUCCAGGCCAUCCUGCAGGACAAGCCCAAAAUUGUCACCGCAAGCCUGGGCAAGUUCCUAGAGCUGUUGAGGUCCCACCAGAGCCGACCAGCGAAGUGCCUGACCAUCAUGUGGGCCGUGGGGCAAGCGGGUUUCACCAGCCUCACUGAGGGACUGAAAGUGUGGCUGGGGAUCAUGCUGCCUGUGCUGGGCAUCAAGUCUCUGUCUUCCUUUGCCAUCACAUACCUGGACCGGCUGCUGCAGAUCCACCCCAACCUCACCAAGGGCUUCGGCACAAUUGGCCCCAAGGACUUCUUCCCGCUCCUGGACUUUGCCUAUAUGCCCAACAACUCCCUGACGCCCAGUGUGCGGGAGCAGUUGUGUCGGCUGUACCCCCGACUGAAGGUGCUGGCAUUUGGAGCAAAACCAGAAUCUACGCUGCACGUCUACUUCCCCUCCUUCCUGUCCAGAGUCACCCCUAACUGUUCCUCUGAGAUGAAGAAGGAGCUCCUGAGCAGCCUGACCCAGUGCCUGACUGUGGACCCCCUCAGUACCAACAUCUGGAAGCAGCUGUACCCCAAGCACCUACCACAGUCCAGCCUGCUGCUGGAACACCUUCUCAGGUCCUGGGAGCAGAUCCCCAAGAAGACGCAGAUGUCUUUACAAGAAACCAUUCAGUCCCUCAAGCUUACCAACCAGGAGCUGCUGAAGAGGGGCAGCGGGAACACCCAGCAAGUUGCCACGUGUGACACGGCCUGCAAGGGCUUGCUGCAGCGGGCCCAGGGCCCCUGGCCAGCCUGGACCUGGCUGCUGCUACUGCUGCCCAUCUUCGCUGUGGGUGUCCUGAGCCACGACUUCUGGUCUCACGGCUCUUUCCAGGCCUCUGUCACUGGCCGGGUGCUUCAGUUGUCUGGUCUCCUGCCUGCUGGCCAACAAGUGUGUGCCAAACUCUACGCCUAUGGCCUGCAGGCCUACAGCUGGUUAGAAGAAACGUUGCCGGCCUGCAGCUCUUACCUGCUCGCGGUGGUGUCGCCCAGCUUGCAACUGGCCUGGGCCCACACCAGCUCCGCAAUCAGCUUCCUCUCUGCCCACUGUGCCUCCCACCUGGCCUGGCUCAGUGACAGCCUCGCCAGCCUCUCUCAGAGGAUCCAGCUUCCUGAUGCUCUGUACCAGCUGCUACACUACCUGAGGGAGCUGCUCCUGCUUGUGUACCAGAGCGUGCUGCUGCCAGCAUGGCACCUGCUGCUGGAGGCCCUGGCCUGGGCCCAGGAGCAUGUCCAUGAGCUGUGCAGAGGUGAAGUGACAUGGGACUGUGUGAAAACCCAGCUCAGCGAGACUGCCCAUUGGACCUGGCUCUGCCUACAGGACAUCACAGUGGCUUUCUUGGACUGGGUACUCACCAUGAUAUCCCAGCAGUAGACCCUGCCCCCUGGCCACCGGUUCCUGUCAUCAGCAGGCCAUCUGAGACUGCCGGAGGACAGAUGGUGGCAGCUCUGUAUUUGGUACCUGAGUUUCAUCUCCUGGUGGUCGCCCAGAGACCUCUCAGCCUCCCACCGCGAGCCCCCUGGGACACUUGUCAGGCCCACUGCAGAGCUCCAGCUCCGUCUUCGGCUGGCAGCCUCUCAGGACUCUUGCCUCUUGCCCUCCACUUCCCUCGUCUCCUUCCUAAAGCCCCAACAGCUCAUCUCCAAAAUGGUGAGACUCAGCAAAUUUAUCAGCCUCCUCUUCGAAUUCUUGGUCAUGAAUUUAGCCAUAGCAGAACAAGGUGAGGCCCACCCAAAGGAUCCACCACGACAUAGCCAGCAGGAGCUUCUCCUGAGCCUUCUGCCUGGUUGUGGGGUCACUGGAUGAGGGGCCUUGAAACACCCAGCACAGGCACUGUGAGGGCCUCGCCGCCCCCCUCUAUCGGAGUCCUUCUUCAUCUGUCCUUUCCCCUCAGUGAAGGGCUCUGUCACAGGCUCAGUGGUCUUCACCGUCCCCUCCACCGUCCGCGUGGAGAGCACAGCCUGACCCUGAACGCUCAGGCCAGAAGCCUCACAUCAGCCUGCUGAGCCCAGAGGUCAGCAGGUGGCUGGGGUAGGGCGGCCUGAGUGGAAUAAAGACACAGAUUUGCUUUCUA